AUGACGAAAACGGAAUAUGGUAGUGGUCCUGCACAGUUUCUAGAUUUUUCUAUCGAGGUUCCCCAGCCGUGUGUUAAAUACUUGAGUUUUCUUUUCCAAUUUUAUAGCAUUAUGACCAAUUCCAAGGUAUUUUUCGACAUUAGCUGCGAUGGUGUGAAGAAGGGCAGGGUUGUGUUUGAGUUGUUUAAUGAUGUGGUCCCCAAAACCGCAGAAAACUUUCGUGCUUUGUGCACUGGAGAAAAAGGUGUUUCUGAAAAAUCAGGAAAACCAUUGCAUUACAAGGGCUCUAUCUUCCACAGGGUGAUCAAGGACUUUAUGUGUCAAGGUGGAGACUUUACCCACGGGUCAGGAAUUGGUGGCGAAUCGAUUUAUGGUGAAAAGUUCGAGGACGAGAAUUUCCAGUUGACCCACGACAAGCCAUUUUUGUUGUCGAUGGCCAACGCUGGCCCGGGAACAAACGGGUCACAGUUCUUCAUUACCACCGUGCCAACUCCCCAUUUGAACGGCAAGCAUGUGGUGUUUGGUCAGGUGAUACAGGGCAAGUCGAUUGUGCGUCAACUUGAAAGAUGUGAGAAAGGCUCAGACGACCGUCCAGUUCAAGAGUGGACCAUCAGUGACUGUGGAGAAUUGGACCCCGGGUACCAGCCUGAAGCGAGUGGUGUAGAUGAUGGGACUGGGGACAUAUAUGAGGAAGUAUUGGCGGACAACGACUCCAUCAAUGUUAAUGAUCCAGCAUCUGUCAUUAAGGCAGUGACCCAUUUGAAGGAUAUUGGUACCGAGUUGCUCAAAAAGGGAGAUUUGGAGAAGUCGCUCGCAAAAUAUAACAAGGGUGCUGGCUUUUUGGAGGACUUUUUCCCGGACGACUUGUCUGAUGAAGACAUAGCUACCGUCAAUUCUCUCAAACGUUCAUGCUACUUAAACGCUGCGUUGGUAGCACUCAAAUUAAAACGUGGAAAGGAGACGGUAGAAGCAGCCUCGAAAGCACUCGAAACAGAGGGCAUUGAUGACAAGGCAAAAGCUAAGGCUCUCUACAGAAAGGGUAGUGGGUACUUGCUUGCCAAAAAUGAAGAUGAAGCCCAAGUUGCAUUCGAAGAUGCAUUAAAAUUGGAGCCUUCUGACGGUGCUAUAAUUAAGGGAUUGGCCGAUGUAAAGAACUCUAUCAAGGCUCGGAAGGAGAAGCAGAAGAAGGCCAUGGCCAAAUUUUUCAGCUGA